AUGUCGGACAACUUUGCUAUCGCUGCGACCCCGCAAGCCCAUGCUGCAGACAUCGAAUUCCUCGUCCGCCGGGGAAUGACGAAAGGCUACCAAAUAAUGUCUCUCCUAGCACCUCCGCUGUACUCUGCGUUCGCGCUCUCGCGGUACGGACGGGCACAGUUCUCGAUCAACCGAGUUCUGCGUGCAACAUGGGUGGGCGGCUCGAUCGGCAUCGUUGGAGGCGGCGCAUUCGAAUACGUGCGCUCGGCGUACUCAAACCCGCACAAGGUCAGGGCAAGACGCAUCCAAGCUGCUUAUGAUACUGGCUCAAUACGGGCGGACGAUCAUUCUACCAUUGGUGGUAUUCUGCUUGCUGUGCUUACCCCGGCCGUCUUCUGGAAGCGGGCAUCCGUAGCAAAUCUUAUCCUUGGUGGGGCGGGAAUAGGUUCUGCCAUCGGUCUCCUGGCACAUCAUGGCAGAACUGUGACUGGCGAUCCCGCGCCGAGAGUGCGGAUACCAGAAAAUCCUGUCAGCGGGCAACCCUGAGAUGAAUGAGUAGGUCCACUCUGCAGGUUCGACUGUCUUUCACUAUGGCGCGCUCCCCUUUGAGCAACAUCAUGAUGUCAUUCCGUA